CAACUCAUAUCUUACGUCACUUGAUAACCAAAUUCGAUUAAGACAAAUAUCUCUAACAGUAAUAAAGCGUUCUUUGUGCUUUAGUAAUUUUCACACCAUGAAGAAAAUCACCGUUUUCCUCCUCACUUUUUUCCUAUCAAUUAGCACACAAAGUGAUGAAUUAUUGUACGAGUCUAGUGACGGUGUUGAAAUCCUCGACGUCAACAACUUCAACACCAAAGUUGAAAAUUCCCAAACUGCUUGGUUAGUGAAAUUCUACCUCGGCUGGUGCGGAACUUGUCAAAAACUUUCAAGUGAAUGGAAGAAAUUUCGCAAUGAAAUCAUCCAAUGGACAGAUUUGGUCAAUGUGGGGGCUAUUUCGUGCUCAGACCCUGUCAAUACACCAAUUUGCGUGGAUCACAACAUCAGUGCUUACCCCACAGUCAAGUAUUUCCCCGAAAAUUACACAAGUUUAAAUUUAGGAUCAGUAAUACUCAAAGGCGAACACUUGGAUGUCAAGUCAAUUAAAGAAAGAGUAAUUGAGAGAAUUAGGACUGAAAUUAUUGAAGGCCGAGGUCAAAUGUAUCCAAAUUUGUCACCAUACAAGCACUCGAAUCUUGAAAACUUGUUCGAAGGGUUGAGUGAAAGUGUAAAAUAUGUUUUUCUCGUGGUGGAAUCCCCGGAUCAGUGUUUGGGGGCUGAAACCGCCUUGAAUUUACACAAAACUCCAAAUAUUUCUAUCAAAUAUUCUCUCAGUACCAACACUGAGUUAAUGAAAAAUUUACAAAUCACGAAAUUUCCAACAGUGGUUGUUCUAGACCGUUACAAAAACGUUUCAAAACGGUUCACAGAAAAUACCAAGGAUGUGAUUGAGUCAUUUUUGGUCCACAAUGGUUUAGAAAUAAAAAUCCUUGAAACAAACCCCAGAAAAAGUAGCAAAGUUGCCCCCACACAAUCGCUUUUGAGUCAAAUAAUUAGAAAAAUGGGGGACGUUAUUUUCCAAGUGGACUUUGAAGCUGCAUUGAGAUACUCCCUGAAACAGGAGAUUUCAGUGGUUAAAGUGAUAACAAACGAGCGUUUGGAAGCAUUAAAAGCUUACUUAACUGUGAUUGAAAAAUACUUCCCUUUUGGUUAUAAAAACUCGUCUUUGGUAACCAACCUAAUCAAAGUUACGUCAAACCGUGAAAAAGUUCAAGGUGUUGAAAUACUCCAACUUGUGGAAAAAGCUGAAAAAAAUCACUCGUUUUCGUCAUCUCAAACCUAUCUAGGGUGUCAAGGGAGUGUCAAGGGAAAACGAAGAUAUCCCUGCAGCUUAUGGCAGCUCUUCCACUACUUAACUGUCAAUUCUGAAGAUCCGAGAGAAGUCCUAAAUGCGAUGCAUGGUUAUAUCAAGUAUUUUUUCAGUUGUGGUGGUUGCAGUAAACAUUUUCAGCAAAUGGCAAUUGAGAGAAAUUUACAGGGUGUUUCUUCGUUUGAAGAAGGGCUUUUGUGGUUAUGGGAGGCUCAUAAUGUUGUGAAUGAGCGUCUGAAAGGUGACAUAACUGAAGAUCCGGUGUUUCGGAAAGAACAGUUUCCGGCGAGGUUACAGUGUCCAGAGUGUUAUGAAGAAGAUGGGUCGUGGAGGAGGAGGAAAGUGUUUGAAUAUUUGAAGAAAAUGUAUGGGAAGUAUAAUGUUAGAUAUAUUGGUUCUGACACCAGAGUUUUGUUUCCCGGUUUAGACAAGAUGUUCUAAACUUUUAUACAAUUUUACAUUUUUAUAAAAACGAAAAAUAAUUGUAUUAUGUUAAUAAACGAAUUUUGUAAUAUAAUUUCUGUCAAUAUUUUAGU